AACAGCUGUAAAUUUUACUGCUUUAAAGUUAUAGGUGCAUGUUUUUGAUUCUUGUUUAUUUAUUUAAGUCAUUUAAAAACAAACUUAUCUGUGCUCUUCACUUUUGGUGCGUUGCCUAAAAAUGGAUAACAACCCUUUCCUUGCCCUUUGGCAACUUUACGGUUUUAGCAUCAACAUCAACUUUGCAACAUUGUGUAUAUAUUUAGGUGCCUAAUGCAAAUUAAAAGAGAAAUGAGGUCAGAACUAAAUUUAACCAUUUCCAUUACAUAAUUGGUUAGAUUUCCCGUAAAAAAAUGAGCAAAAACUACCAUGGGGCACCGUAUGGCCCACCCCCGGCCGCUCCACCAAGCUACUCGCAAUCUGUCGGUGGAGUACCGCCAACAAGUCCGUUUAUACCGCAACAUGCAUUUGUACAUAGGGGUCCGGAGAUAUUGACCACGAUUGUUCCAUUGGGGCCGGAACCGACCCAUAUGAUAUGCCUUCAUUGCCAUGCUGAAAUUGAUUCGUCCACGAGAUCGGAACCGGGAAUGCUCGCUUACAUUCUUGGAGCACUCAUGUGUCUAGUGUGCCCUUGCGGAUGCUGUUUCAUUCCCUGUUGCAUUAGUAAGUGCAUGGACGUUCAUCAUUAUUGUCCAAAUUGUAAAGCAUAUCUGGGCCGAUACAAGCGAUAAUUAUUUUUGUAUUGGAAAUAGCCGAAUGACGAUAAGAUAACGAUUUUUCUUUUUAAAUUACUAAUACUCAGUGACGGUAUCUAGCAGAAGUUGGGGGUUGGCAUCUCAUUCCUUGCUCUAUUAAUCUUAAUGAUCAGCAAAGAAAGAUCUAUCAUUUGGUGUGGUAGGGUUUAUAUUCAAAUUUAAAGAGUGUACAUAAAUUAACGUUGGCAUAUCUGAUGUAAAAAAAUUAGGUCCUUAUAUAGCUCCUUGUGGAAUCCUAUAAGCAGCUUUGUGUUCUUUGAUUUUGUUAAGCCUCCCGUGCAUCACGUCUGUUAAUAUUUACUGUAGCUGUAAUAAAUAUUGUGCCGAUUUAAUAUGUGCCAUCCAUAAAUAAAUAUACUGGGACAUUCAAUAAUGGAUUCAUUCUGAAUAAAUUAAGUGCUACUGACACAGUUUUCUAUCAUUAUUUUUAUUGUUUAUACCAGUGCAAUUAAAGGAGACUGUGGUAUACUAAGUGUGUACUAAAAGCUUUGCUAGAAUCCAUUGGUGACUUGCCCUUUUAAUUGAAUUAAUGCUUCCGAUUAAAGAUGACUGUUAAAAAUAAGUAAUACACAUUGUAUAACUUGUGUAGAAAAAAAUUGAUAGCAUUUAUCAUGUACAUAACUAUUUCGAUGUAUUUACUGCAAAAUGUUUAUUUAUUAUGUUUAAUAUAAAGUUUAAUAUACAACAGAAA